AUGGAUCCUCCAGCAAGGUCCCCACUCCAUGCACUGGCUGCUGAGGCUAUGGCCACAGUCAGCAUGACUGGUGACUUAGUGAUGCCAUGGGAUAUCGCGCCCUUCAGAGACAUAUUUGGGAGCCCAUCGCCUGUGCUUCCGCGGAUGGUUGUGACCUCGAAUGAACUUGAUCUUGCUCGGGCACCUGCUGUGGACACGCAAGCACGUGGGCCUGAAUUUCCAGUCCAUCAAGCUGUCUACAUGUCGGUUUCCAGGCUGAUGGUUUUCUCGGCAAAGAGAUGUACACCUGAGGAUAGACGUGAAUUGGUAUGUAAAGGCUUUCUUGAUGUCCUUACGAGAUACCCGCGUGGGUCGACUUUGGGGCCAAUGCUUGAGGCAGCCACAUCGUACGUCGAGCAGUUGGCCAUCGUCUCAGAGACACUCGCUGGGAAGGCCAAUACGACCCUUGAAGCACGGCUGCGCCAGCUCAGGAAGUACCUCCGGAAUCUUGUUGAGGAUGGCUGUGAGGAACCUCUUCCUAUUACAGCCCAUUUUUUCCGAGUUCACCUGAAGGUGUUGCUCAAACAAAAGGUCUCCCCAACGGCAAUCGAGGCUGCCUUUGAAGUCGUCAACUUUGCGAAGCAUGUUCUGGGAGUUACAGUUGAGCCAUCUACAUUGGACACUCCGUGGGCACGUGGUAUCCUUCGGGGUGCUCGCCAGGAUCGACCUCAGCGAAAGCAGGCCCGUGCAUUGACGGUACAGGAGCUGCUGCUUCUUGAGGCUUUUCUUCGAGAUGCAUCGGCACGUAUUGAGGACAGGUACGCGUGUGGGUGCUUCCUCUUUUGCACUUACGCGCGGGCACGCUGGGGUGAUGUCAUUUCUGUGUCGCAGUUCCUUCAAGAUUUCAUUAAUGAUGGUGGCACAGUUUGUGGUGGCUACGUGGAACUACAAAGUCACUCGCAUAAGCUGCGCAGGAAACAUGGCGCUAUGCCACUGGUGGCACCUGUUUUUGGUGUGGGCGCGACCCCAUGGGCUGUCGAGUGGUUGAAGGUCUCUGAGACACGCGGCUGCCCCCUUCAGGCCAUUGGGCAAGAUCCUGUUGCACUCCUGCAGCUACCCUCCGUCGAGGGCGGGUGGAGCCAUGAGCCUUGUGUUACGAAGGACGCACGAUGCUGGCUGCGCUCUCUUUUGGAACGCCUGGUUGGGCCGCUUUUUCCUUGGUCGCCACCAGGUGCGCAUUCGAUGAAGGCGACCCUCUUAGCCAUGCUUGCAAAAUUUGGAGCUUCUGAGGCCGACCGCCUCGUGCUGGGUCACCAUUCUGACCGGGAAGUAACCUGCCUGGUGUGCCUGCAGAAGUUUUCGGCCCGGCUGGCUCUUCAGAUGGCGUAG